AUGGCGCAGUCCCAGGACUUCUCCUGGAACGCAGGAACCAUAUGCGGGGCGCCCAUCAAAGUCUCGUACUACGUCUUCAUGAUGUACGGCUUCCAGAUCUACCAGAUCGUGCGAGGCCAGGGCAGCGCGUCGGGCUCGGUCCUGCUCUUCUCGAUCCUCGUGGCCACGGGAGUGCAGGCGAUCCUCUUGAUAACCGUGCUCUGCCACGAGUUCGGCCAUGGCAACAUGGCGCGAUACCUGGGCGGACAGAUCGACCACAUCCUGCUCUGGGUGUUCGGCGGCAUCUGCUUUCACACGCGCCCGCCGAGCAACCGCGACAACGCCAAGAUCCUGAGAAACGACUUCCUGGUGGUCGCCGCGGGGCCGAGCACGCACUUCUUGCAAGCGCCGCUCUGGGGCUGCCUCAUGUUCCUCGUCUUCUUCCUGAACAGUUCGUUCCUGUGGAUGCCGUUCCUCAACCAGAUGGACCCUUGGGAGGAGUUCCUCAACGUGCUCAACCCCCUGGCAGGGAUCGACUACGGCUACAUCUCCAGCCACGCCACGUGGGGCUCGUGGCUCUCGCGGUUGCUGUGGAUCCUGGUGCAGGAGGGCGUGCAGAUGAACGUGGGGUCGGGGGAGGUGGGACUGCUUGCUGCCGUGGUGCACCUGGCCACUGACACGGGCUACGCAAUCUGGCAGUCCAGGUCAUCAUGUGCUUUCCUGUAG